AUGUUCGCCAAGCGGGAUGAUACGGGCCGAGAGAAUAAGGAUCUCAAGGCUAUAGAGCAUGAGAAUGACGAAGACACGAUCAGGCACUACUGCAUCAUCGUCGGAUGGGACCAAUUCAGCGUCUGGACCAUCCAGCCCAACAAGAGGAAUAAUACCGCCGUCUCCAGUGGUCCUGCUUUUGUCAACCACAACGGCGGCGGCACCGAGUCCGCUGAGAUGUCAAGAACCGCUCCCCCCUCCUCCAGCAGGGCAGCAGCCACGCUUUCCCGAUUCAAAGCUACGAAGUCUCAUCCCCCUCAACAGCAGUCUGCUGCCCCAUCAACACGAGCCUGUCAAGUGGAUAACAAAGUCAGCAACAAUCGCGACAGCGCUUAUUGCGCCACUACAUCGAAUCCCGGCGGCCUUGGCGGCCGGCCGAAAACGCCAAGCAACUGGAACGGCGCACGCAUGACGCGCCUCCUCGGCGCCGACAUCAGCGAGGUCUCCAAGCACCUGCUGCCGCAGUGGAUUGAGCAGAUCCACCGCUGGGGCACGACCCGAUACGCUGACGCUGUGGCGCGAGAUGUGAAUCUGGGUCUUUCAUCUUCGUCCGGUGCUGGCACCGGCGGUUUCGGGAUGAUGAUGCAUUCUGCAGCAGCAGUUAAUCACGAUGGCAUAGGCGAUGAGCUGCCUCUUGGAGAACUUGAAAGUCGGGAGUGGAGGGGAAUAGAUACGGACAGGAAUGGACAGACGGACAGUCGGAUGGAUGGGCAGACCGAUGGCACCUGGGAUGAAUGGAUGGAUGGAAUGUGGUAA